AUGCUGCAUAGGUCUGAUUUGGUGAUGGUGAGGCUGAGAAUUCGGUUUGAUUGUUGUUUUGUUGCGGAGUGUGUUGGCUGGCGUGGUUGUCUGGUGGUGUUUUGGAUGUUUAUGGUUAACAAGGCGGCUUCAUUUCUCCAUGCUAUCGAUUGGAAGUUCGCUACCGAGCAGUUUGUUUUAAAGCUCCCUGAUAAAGUUUUCGUUCACUGCAGUGAACGGAAUAUGGCUAAGCUGACAUUGGAUGGUGUGGAUGUAAUGGGCGAGAGGUUGGCUGAGGAGGUACUUGAUGUGAUAAAACGGAAGCCAGAUUUAAGGAAAAUGUAG